CCCCUUUUAGCUUCCGUGUAUAGUCCCUUUCAAAGAAGCGUAACGAACAAUAGUAGCCCCACGGCAUAGUUGCUUUGGUCCUUGCACACUGUUCUUCAGAAAUCUCGAUGUCAAAUCCCGAGCCACCCUAUCAGGCCCUUACUGGCCAGGCAGUCCCGUGGAAUAUCGCCAUAUCACAGCAUUCGUUUCCCGACGGCCAAGAUACGCUUUGUCUCGCGCCUGUAUCUGUGUCUCAAGCAGCACCAUACCGGAACCAACACGCGUCGACUUGUGUCCCUAAAGCUUUGGAGGACACCCGAGUUGAGCAUCACCAGAGCACCUGUGGUGCCGAUGUAACAUUGCAGCAUGACAUACCCGCAGCAGUCUUCCGAAGUCCUGGGUCAGAUAACCAAAGCCCCACAUCAGACUUUUGGUCUCCCGGUCUUGAACUAGGUUCUUCGGGCAUCUCGAGUCCUAGCACUAUUCUAUCUGAGACCAUUCCCAGCCAGUCGGCCGCUGAGCCUGCCGUAAACCUAAAAUUUGUUCAGUACAGUCCCUCAAGGACACGAAAGCCCCUAGCUCCGAAGAGUGGCCGAGGGGAAAAGCCCUCAGAGAAGACAGGAUGUUAUACCCUGGCUUCGAGGCAAGAUGCGCUAAAGACAGACAUGGCACCGAAAGUGUUGGUCAAGAGGGAUGUCAAAGGGAAGGUUACAGGUACCGAAUGUGUUUUUGGUCUCAGCCAAGUAGUCCGUGCAACUGCAAGUAGAGAGUUACAACAUGCGACUUCCAUUACGAGACGUAUAGGUGCAUGUCCAAGAUGUCGUCGUCACAGGAUACGUUGUGACAUGGCGGAAAGCCUCUAUCAGCCUUGUGGACGGUGUAUAAGAGAUUCGGUGAACUUGUCCCACCAGCUGUGCAUGCGUAUUAAUAUCCUGGACCUCAAUCUACAUAGGAAAGGCUCGACGUUGAACAACAAUCUUGAACUCUGGGUGCGGAGAAAGUUGGAGCUCCAGAAAUACAAGACGCGAGGCAAAAAUACUCCUCAUAUACUGUUCCUCACCCAGGAUAAGGGGGAAGGUUUCGAUAAUGCGCUUUCGGUCACCGUCUCUCUCUUUGAACCUGGGCCAGAGGACAAAAUAGGGUAUGCCUGGGAAGACUCAACAGGACAACGUCACACAAUGGAUAUGCCUCCAUACUUUAUCAGUGACAUAGAAGCGGCAAGACGUAGUAUCAGAGAAUUUAUUUGCUUAGCACGGUCUAGCUAUAUUGAGGCACUUCUUACGGAUUCAAACCCGAUUGUUUGUCGAACCUUCCAAGCAGCACUUGCAUAUACAGCUUUUGGCCAGAGCAAUCUGAUAUCUGACGCGCUGUAUUGCUGGGUAGCAACUCGCUUCAUAGAAGGACCUUGGCGAAUUUUCUGUGGAGGAGCUAUGAUUGGACUUGAGCCCUCAAGCGAGCCCGGAAAUCCAUUUAACGGGAUAAUUCCAGUAACUCCAGUGAUGGACACUCAACUCGAUGAUAUCUUCCUCCGAGAUCUACUUAUCCCUCUUGAGAAACGGUUGUUGAAGGGGUUAAAAGAUAAGAUUAAUGAGCAAAAGAGGGAGAAUUGGCUCGAAAUAUAUCUCACGAUAUUCAUCAUGAUGUCUAACAUGGGAUGGGUAAUGAAAGAUAUCCUUGCAUGGACUAAGCGGUACGGACUAAAGCCCGGAGCAAGGGGAGGAACCCUCACGCAAGGCUUCAUCCAUACCUGCAAAACUAUGCUGGCAUACUUUCAUUUUGCCUGUAAUGGCUCAAUGCCGUUACUAAUCCCCCGGUCGGAACUCGGCGGAAGCGGUAGUAUCAGCAAUGGCUUGACGCACGAUCAGAUCGAAUAUCUGCGCAGCAUCCAACAAGAGAUCUCUCGCCAAGAAUUGAAGGUAGCAAAAUGGAAGGAAUUGUCAAUGUAUGAUGAUGAAAUGUAUUGGUGUUAUCAGAUGCUGUAUAAAGAUUGGCGGGGGGAUAUACCAUGUGUAGGAGAGAUCGAUGAUUUUAGGGAUGAAGAUUUCUUGAAGACAUGAAUAUUACAUUUGAUAUGCCACAGUUGUUAGGACCUCGUGGAGGUUACAACAGACCCUGAUGAGCACCUAUCUUCAAAACAAGGCUGGCUCACCUAAUAGAUCUAUAAUGGAUUUGUCACUUAGAACGGA